CUGCCGCCCGCCGCCCGACUUACCGCCACGCCGCCCUCGCCCUCCGCGUCGGCGACGUACGGCACUCCAGUGGUCUCUUAAGUCUUCAGGAGUGUAGAAGAAAAGGAGGCAAGAAUGGAGAAAACAAAGAAGCCGCCGGAGCUUCUAUUGUAUAAUACCUUGGCGAAGCAAAAACAAACAUUCAAACCAAUGAGUCCAGGCAAAGUGGGCAUGUAUGUCUGUGGUAUUACUCCAUAUGACCUUAGCCACAUCGGUCAUGCUCGUGCCUAUGUUGCCUUUGAUGUCUUAUUCAGGUACUUGGAACAUCUUGGUUAUGAGGUUACUUAUGUGCGCAACUUCACUGAUAUUGAUGACAAGAUUAUCAAUCGAGCAAAUAACCUCAAGCUGGAUCCGAUAGCUUUGAGUGCUCGGUACUGCGAAGAGUUUCAUAAGGACAUGAAAGAUCUUCAGUGCCGCAGUCCAACUAUUGAACCGCGGGUUUCUGACCAUAUGGAGCAAAUCAAGAAAAUGAUUGCUCGGAUCAUUGAAAAUGGUUGUGCAUAUAUGCUUGACGGGGAUGUUUACUUCUCCGUUGAAAAAUUCCCUAAUUAUGGCCGAUUAAGUGGACGGAAGGGAGGAGAUAAUAAAGCAGGAGAACGUGUUGAGGUUGAUAUUAGAAAGAGAAAUCUUGCUGACUUUGCUUUGUGGAAGGCCAAAAAACCCGGCGAACCUAGUUGGGAGAGCCCAUGGGGUCCUGGAAGACCUGGAUGGCAUAUAGAAUGCUCUGCUAUGAGUGCUGAGUAUUUGAGUCAUAAAUUUGAUAUUCAUGGUGGUGGGAUGGACUUGGAAUUCCCUCAUCAUGAGAAUGAGAUAGCCCAAAGUUGUGCAGCUUGCCCAGAGAGUGAAAUUACUUACUGGGUUCAUAAUGGAUUUGUCGUCAUCGGAACACCUGGAAGUACUUCAAAGAUGUCAAAAUCGUCGAAGUUCGUCACUAUCCGAGAGGUUACUGAAUUGUAUCAUCCACUUGCAUUGAGGUACUUCUUAUUGGGGACUCACUACCGUUCUCCAGUAAACUACUCAGAGCCACAGAUGGAAAUUGCAUCAGAAGCUGCUUUCUACAUAUAUCAGACCUUACAAGACUGCCGUGAUGCUGUGAGAGCUGUUGGAGAAGGGAUUGAAGCCAACAGUGCAAAACCUCGUUUCAGUGCUGAUGGACUAGAGAGUAUCAAUAAGUUAAAUGAUGAUUUUGAGAAAAGAUUGUCUGAUGAUCUGCAUACCCCCACUAUUUUAAAUGCCACUCUUCAAGAAGGUCUGAGAUCCAUGAACUCUUCCAUCAGCCUCCUCAAGAAGAAGGUACAGAAGCAGAAACAGGAGCUAACUCUGCAUUAUCUGACUGAAAUGGAGAAGGGAGUUAGGAGAGUGUUGAUGGUUCUAGGAUUGCUGUCUGAUUCGCCAUAUCCCGAGGUUUUGCAGCAACUAAAAGACAAGGCAUUGAAGAGGGCAGGUAUGAGUGAGGAUGAAGUUCUGCAAAAAAUAAAGGAACGAGCUGAGGCAAGGAAGAAGAAAGAGUUCUCAAAAAGUGAUGAGAUCAGAAGCGAUUUGUGUGCGAGGGGAAUAGCUCUGAUGGAUGAUGGGAAGGAGGAUACCAUUUGGAGGCCCUGCGUGUCAGCUUUUCGGUCGAAAUUGGGUCAACCAACAGAGAACGAAUGAAUCAAAAAAGGAUCCCAAAGAAAUCAAACAUAAUUUGUUGUUUAUGUAGUGAUGUAGAAUCAGUAAGAAUCUCUUUUAUAACACCCAGCAACUCCAAGCAAAACUAAUCACUACCCAACCUAGGAUUGGAUGAGGAGCAGCCAGUGAAGCGUGACGCUGGUGGAUGGCCGAAGCUAUUUUAUUUAAAUUAAAUAUAGUUUGUUGAAUUUGUUUAUUUAAAUUACUAGAAUGUUGAAUGUUGUUUUCCAAGGCUUCCACAACGUUUGAUUUUGUUUACUCCGAUUAAACUAAGUUGUUCUUA